AUGGUUUUUGAUCCUUCUGACCCUGUUCUUGAUCCAAUGUGGAGACUGGGAAAACCUUCUUUGGAUUUGCCCAAGAUAUUUGGAAUACAUUUAUUUAUUGCAGGUGUGGCUUGCUUUGGUUUUAGUGCAUACGUAACAGGUUUGUAUGGUCCUGGCAUAUGGGUGUCCGAUCCUUAUGGACUAACAGGAAAAGUACAAGGUGUAAAUCCAUUGUGGGGCGUGGAGGGUUUUGAUCCUUUUGUUCCGGGAGGAAUAGUCUCUCUUCAUAUUGCGGCAACAUGUUGUCGUCAUAAUUGA